CAUUAGCUGAUCACACUCUUAAGUUUCAUUGGAAAUUGCAUUUAUGCGUAGAAGGAGAUCUUGUUUGUAAUAAGCCAAAAACUCGAUAUUUAAAGAAAUGGCUGAGAAGACCGAGAGCGAGAAAGCUACAAGCUCUUCAGAAAACCUGACGUGUCCACUAUGUCUUGAUAUCUUCGACGAGGCAACCAUCCUAACUUCAUGCGGACACACCUUCUGUCGGAAAUGUCUCAAGAACUAUGACCUGUCCCACCAGGAUCUCGAUCACAUGAUCUGUCCUCUGUGCAGGAAGAUCACCAAGUUGUCUGCGAACCGUGUCGAUGAUUUCCUCACCAAUGUGACUGUCAACGGACUUGUAGACAAUUACCACGCCAAGUGUGGAGGGAUGAACGCUCUCCUUGAGAUGCGUCCAAAAUGCACUGCUUGCAAGUUUCAUCAAGAUGCUGUCUCAUUCUGCAGACCGUGUAAUAACUACAUGUGCACUAAUUGCGACUUGGGCCAUAAGCACCUGACAUCAUUCUUUGAAGGUCAUGAGAUUCUGUCCUUACAGGAUAUCAUCGACGGGAAGGUCAGCAUUGGUCAACUAUCUGAGAAGUGCUGCAUCCACAAACAAGAGAACAGAGAUAUGUUUUGUGAGGAUUGUAAGGUCCACGUCUGUCUCAAAUGCGUGAUAGUCGGUCAUCAAAAUCACAACAUCAAGAAUCAGGCUGACUUCGAGCAAGAGUUACGGCUAAAGGUGAACGACCUUGUCCAGCGAUGUGCCGCUAAGAAGACAGAACUGGAGAAGAACAUUCAGAACGUUGAAGUACAACGCCAUAAAGUAUACACUGCCGUGCAGAAACUACUGGACGAUGUCAGUCAAGCCUACAGCAUCAAGGCCAAAGAGCUUGAAGAAAAUCAUCGAAAUCUCAUCGAGCAAAUCAAUGUAGUAAAGGGGAGUUUCGGUGACGACCUCAACGUCUUGAAAUCCAACGAUCGACAGAGGAUUAAGAGUAUUCGUAGUUCAAUGACCCUGGUAUCUAAUGACAGACUGGGCCGUCUUGAGACAGACAGUCUGUCUGCUCAUACCUUGCUCUGUGAGGAGCUGGAUGCCAUGCUGAAGGAGGCUACUGAUCACACUUCUGCGGCAGACAUUACGAAGAAAGCACAGGAGAAGAGGUUCAAGCCUGCAGAUGAUACUCGUCUUGAACUCGGGAGCAUCUCAGAAUCAGCUACUGAUUACACUUCUGCUGCAGCCAUUAAGAGGAAAGCACAGAAGAAGACGUUCAAGCCUGCAGAUGAUACUUGUCUUGACCUCGGGAGCAUCUCAAAAUCACAUCCCAAGUUGCAAGUCAUUCAGUGUGUAGAUCUACGGGAAUUGACGGUGGGUAUGAGCCCGUUCUCUGAGGACAGUGUAGCAAUCGGAUAUUGUUAUACAGAGGGUAUAGAUAUCAUUGAUUCAGCUGGUAAACAGGAACAGUAUGCACACAUACCACGUGACAUGAUAUGCUAUGAUCUUGUGUUUCAACAAGACAGGUCGUUAUGCAUAAUGACAAAUGAUAAUAAAGUACACAUAUAUUCUCCCAAUGGAUCCAGGAAACCAAACAUCCACAUGAUAGGCAAUGGCCUUCACGGUCUAAACAGAAGUCCAUCAGAUGAAAUCCUCAUCUCUAGAAAUAAGAAGAAAGUCAAUAUCUAUGACCCGACGGGAUCUACACUCAAACACACUGUUCCAACAAAACACAACGAGACAAGGCAGGUAUCUUCCACCAGGCCGGGUUUGAUCGUCACGAGUUCAUGUAACACCAAUCCAAGCGUGGUGACGGUCUAUGACAGGGAUGGGAAUGCUGGUACGUCUCUACAAGCUCCAUACGGGGUCUUCCUGUAUGCUGCCGUGGAUGAGCAGGACAGGGUGUAUGUAGCGAGUGUUGAUCCUAUGAAGGGUAACGUGGUGAUCAGGCUCUACGAUCUUGAUGGUCUGAACCUGAAGGAGAGAGUUGAGUUCAAUGUACUUAAUCUGUCACUUGCUAUGAAUUUGUGUUACUUGGUUUCCCUUUCUCCAGACAUGCUCGCGUUUGCAUGUCACAAGAAGUUAUAUUUUCUCAAAGUAUCACUGUAAUCCAUCUCACACUCUACAGUAUAUUACCAUUUUUCAUGGUGCGUAUAUCUCUCUGUUUCAGAUCCACUCUUAGUUGGGCCUAUAAUGUGUCAUAUUGUUUAUUAUGUGAUAACUAGCCGAAUGAGAUAAUACCUAUCUAUUUUCUCCAUAAAUUGUCAUUGCCUGACUACCGUUACAUUAUCCAAUAUAAUUAUAACUUCCCUCCCUCGAAAUAUUAUGUAAAUUGUUUAAUCGAUUAUUCUAGACAUUUUCUGAAAGCCAGUGAUAUGAUAUCAUAAUGUACAACUUGAAAAUUGGUAGAUAUUGAUUAACUUCUUAUAAGUUUUAUCUCCCUUAUAUUGUUCUCAAAUAUUUAUUUAACAAAAAA